GAACCAUGUCUCCUGCAGGAGAGCCAGGCUGCGCACCGCGGCGAGAGGAUGGGCCGCAGCGAGGAGCUCAGUGACUUCCAGCGGGGCACCGUGGUCGGCUGUCACCUGUGUCAGAAGUCCGUGCGGGAGAUCUCGGCCCUGCUGAAGCUGCCCCGCUCCACCGUGAGCUCCGUCAUCCUCAAGUGGAAGCGUGGCGGCAUCACGACGGCUCUGCCCCGCAGCGGCCGCCCGCACAAGCUCCAGGAGCAGCAGCGCCAGGUGCUGGAGAGGGUGGCGCUGGAGAAGGGUCUGCCCUCCGUGGAGGCUCUCACCGCCGAGUUCCAGAGCGCGUCCGGGGCCAGCGUGAGCUCCAGGACGGUCCGCAGGGAGCUGCGGGAGAUGGGCUUCCGAGGGAGAGUGUCCACGUACACGGCUAAAGGAGGGGAAAAGAAGCAGACACUCCUCAGCCAAGAGGACGCCCAGGUGGACGUGUCCCGUCUCGACCUGCGUGUCGGACGUAUCAUCACAGCGCUGCAGCCUUCAGAGACUGGGAGUGUGUAUGUGAAGCAGGUUGACGUGGGAGAGGCGGCUCCCAGGACAGUGGUCAGCGAACUGGCUCAGCACAUACCAGUGGAUCAGAUGCAGAACCGCAUGGCCGUCCUGCUCUGUAACCUGAGGCCAGCCGAGAUGGGGGGGGUGGUGUCCCAGGCGAUGGUCAUGUGCGCCUGCUCGCCAGACAAGGUCGAACUCCUUGAUCCUCCAAGUGGAGCAGCACCAGGAGACAGGGUGACUUUCCAGGGCUUCCCAGGUGAACCAGAUAAGGAGUUGGAUCCCAAAGAGAACGUGUGGGAGCAGAUUCAACCGGACCUUCGCACGGAUGCCCAGUGUGUUGCAACGUACAGAGGAGCGGCCUUCAAAGUCCUCGGCAAGGGAGUUUGCAAAUCCCAAACCAUGAGCGAUAGUGAAAUCAAGUAAACUGUCAGCGCUGCUUGAAAAUCGCUGCAUGCAAAUUCCUGCAAUGAAAAUGACGUGGAAAGACUUCCCCAAGGAUAGGAGGCCCCGUAGCACCACUUUAACACCCGAGGUUUUGGACUGACAUGUCCAACAACCACAUGGGUGUUGUAUUUGAGUGUCCACAUGCUUUUGUUGUGAAAGCCCAGGAAAAUGAGGGUGAUGCUUAAAUUGCCCUCAGGGGAGGACAGAUAUGAACAUUGCUGUUACAUUUUUUUCCUAUUAUGAAAACCUGCAGUUUUGAAUUUGGCCAAGGGAGGGCACUGCAGCAGCAAUGAUCAUAUACAGUAUGUGUGUGGAGACGGGAGAAGAUGCAGUACACAUGAGAAGAUGCAGUACACAGCACACAGUCAUAUCCAACAUGGUAAAAAGAUCAAGGGGAAUUCUACAGAAGAACCCCGUUGAGUUGGGAAAGUGUUUUUCCCAUGUGACCACAGUGGUGAAUUCCACUGACAUGUGGAUGAAACUCAUCUGUGCAGUCCCAUUAGAAUAAGGGAGACAUUCAACAGUUUUCUUUUCUAUUCAUGGUCAAGAAAAAAGAGCUCAGAAGUACCGAGUUUAACCAGCUGUAAAAUGUCAGCUCUUUGUUCUUUCAUGGAGGUUGUGUGGGCUUUUCACAGUAUGAGUCUGACACCGACACAUGAUGUAAACGAGUCAGUGUAUUGGUACAAACAGCCUGCGGCCAGUUUCAUGUGAAGGACGCGUUCUGUCUGAUCAGUGUUAUAACGGAGAUCGCCUCAUUGUUCCUGAUUUUUGUUAAACUGAAGUUUGGAAACCUAAAAGUGAGACUUCCGAAAUGGAUGUGAAAGUGGAUGUUUAUUCACCCAGAAACUUCUGUAUCCGUCCUGCUAUUCCAAACUCUGCUCUUGAGCUGUUUUAGGAAGUCAGUUAAAGUCACGUGCUACUUCAUGUAACAUGUUUCUGUUUGUUUAGCCUCCAUUAUGAUCACUAAUAAUCAGAGAUGUUCCAAUACUGACACAAGCAUCGGAAGUGCCUCAGAUACUGACGAAAAUGCCAGGUCGGGCAACGGCGAAUAUGUGAAUAUAUGUAAAGGAUAAAAUCACUUAGCAACAUUAAGUAAAACAAUUAAAACAGCAAAACUCAUUUUUAAGGGUUUAAACUGAGCCCGGUCAUAAAAUGGUGAUACAAUCAUCACUUCCUUACUGGGUUAGUAAUAUACAGCUGUGGAAAUACACUGAUAUCAGAUCGGUACUCAGUAUCUGCCGACACACAAAGUCAAGGUAUCAGUAUCUGGAAUUGAAAAAAUGGUAUUUGAACAUCUCCAUUAAUUAUCCUGCUUUUUAAAAGUUGUCUUCGAAGGAACAAUCGAUAACCAAACAUAUUUUUGGUUUUAAAAGAAACUCUCUAUUUUGCUUUUUGCUUGAGGUGGAGGGAGUCCAUGAAAUAUAAUCCUGUGUGUAGAAAAACACAAACACACAAAGUUCUUCUUCCCUUAUUUUAAAGUAAGAACGGAAAAAAACCAUUGAGUAGAAUGGGGAUGUGAUUCAGGAACUAAGAAGUGGAACAGAUUGUCCGAGACAUAAAUCUUUUGACAGAACUCGUGGGCUUCAAGUUACAGUAUCACGCUUUCUGUUGUAUAAGAACAAUAAUAAUACACUUUAUUUGUAUAUGCUGAUGUAUAUAUAGCGCUUUACAUGUAAUAUAGAUCUAAAUAAAAACAUGUUUAAAAAAAUAAAAUCUUGUUAAAAUAUAAUUCAUAUCAGAGAACAGAUUUUAGGGAACAUAAUAACCUGUUGAAAUUACAUUUGAAAGAAAAGGAAAUAACGGAAAAUAAUAAAAAAAAUUAUAAAAGCACAGGAUUGCGGGCAAGUGCAAGAUCUAGUUAAAGGCUGAAGUAAAGAGAAAGUAAAUAUUAUAAAUAUAAUAAAUACUCUUUAUUGCGGACACUUGGAUGACACCACACGUUAUGUGAUUUUUUUCUGGGGGUUUUUUUAACAUCUGGAUAUAAGUCCCUAACAAUUCACCCUUAGUUCCAGAAGAAUUUCCCUGUGAUGUCCUGGAGCCACACUUUGAAGUUUUGUUUUUGUUUUUGUGCAGAGCAGAGGUUUACCUCAUGCACACCAGAGGCCUGUAUCACUAAGCUCGUUCAACAUACUCAGGAUAUCAUUUUGUUAUCCGGCUUCACUUAACCUAACAUCGUCCGCCCCUGACAACCUGUGCUAUGAGCUGGUUAUCAAGCGUUUCCUCUUAUAUGGAAUAAAGAACUUUAUUCACGGUUCUGAUGAUGUCGCUCAUACUUGACGACUCUGACUCUGCUUCAUGGUUCUCAGGACGGCUGAUGUUGGGAUAUGUGAAGCUGGAUAACGAAAAGAUAUCCUGGGUAUGUUGAAUUUGCUCUGUAUGUGCUGACCCCAGGGUGAAUGAAGCCAUGCACCAUGAUUUGUGUAUGGUCGACUCAUCCAGCUCCGGUGAUUCCUUCACCCCCUUCGCCGUUACGACUUCUUUUUUACCUCACUGAGCGUUCUGCUUAAUAAAUUGUCUCCAUUGAGACGGUGGAAUAUCUAAACUCUUUUAGAUAAAGUCGUGACCCUCACUGCAUUUAUGUAAAUCAACAAUUCUUGAUUGUAAUAUUUUUGAGAUCUCUCUUUUUUGGUUCACGUCAACAGAUGAACCACGGACUCUGUGUGUGUGUGUGUGUGUGUGUGUGUGUGUGUGUGUGUGUGUGUGUGUGUGUGUGUGUGUGUGUGUGUGUGUGUGUGUGUGUGUGUGUGUGUGUGUGUGUGUGUGUGUGUGUGUUUCUGAAUCGUCCUCUCAUCCACACCUCUGAUCUGGUUUCUUUAUUUGAAGUUUCCACAUGUGCUAACUCAUGACUGCAGUUUGUUGACGUCCCUGUGGUCAUUGGCAUCUGGGGCUGAUUUGUUUUCCAACUGUGAACAAUACAAUGAUUUGUUUGUUAAUUUUUUUCAAUAGAUUAUUUUUAUAAUCCAUGUGCUAUACUUACUUCCACCAAGAAGGUUCGGUUUUCACUCCCUUCUUUCACUUUGUUUGUUUCUCAGCAGGAUAACACAGAAACUAUUCUGUGAGAUGGGAUUCGGUGGAUAGACGUAUAUUUCUUUUCACUUUCACCAUUUCUCCAGAGAAUAAUUCAUGGAACUUGAUGAACAGGCAUAUUUAGGGGACUGAUAACUAUGAGCGUGUGUAAUUUGGUGCAGCCUGACUGGAUUUAAGGGGACUGCAGGGGUGUAGUGGAGAUAUGUGCUCUACUGAAUGCUAUGUCAUUCCAUGUCUGCUCUCACUAGUGUUGGUCAAAAACAGCUGAACUGAUUUUUAUGGGAUUUUUCUUGAAGCGUGGGGCACGACCCAAUUACGAAAAUGAAUCAUGAUGAAACCGAUCCAAAAUAACCAGGGACUUCCUUUGACGUGGUGAGAUAGGUCAGUAGCCCAUAGGCAUGUUUCUCUCCUGUCUAAUUGAGAUGUGAAUACACACUUUUGUUCUAUUGUUACAAAUGGUAAUGUGGUAUCUUAAUCAAUAAAUCAAGUGACUUAUUAUUUGUAAGAA